AUUUUACUCACUUGGGUGUCACCCCCUGGUGGGUGUCACCAGGUGCGGACCGCACACCCCUAGUGACGCCACUGCGCUUAACCACUCAACCACCGCGUCUACUUAAUUAGACUUAUAAACAAAUGGGCUAAUAGCAAAAAUAAAGGAGAUGUGUUACAUAGAUUAGCUGAUACGCCUAGCGAUAGUGUUAAAAGUUUUGUUUCGUUGGGUACGUCAGCUGUGGGGAGAGGGGUGUUAUGCUCUUCCGCAUUGUAUAGUACUUUAAAAUGUAACUAAGUCCAACUGGAGGUAACACUGAACUCAAUACUGGAACAGAUAACACCAACGAAAGGCCAACAAUCGAUACAUUGAGUCGACGCUGGUGUUAAAACAGCAAACACUUUUAAUACUUAAGGUGGAUCUAAGAUUAGAGAAUAGUAAGAAAUGACCAAAAUAUCACUUUUUCAUUCUCAUCAUAUUUAUAUUGUACAACCAUUUCUCUAUCAAAUUCAGUUUAUUUGAGGCAAGUAUUCCUUCUAGAAGUAUUUUAAAAUAAUUUUUGUAUUAGGUGGGGUAGUGUUUGUUUACCUUAGCAACGACCAUAAGCAGGUAAAUAUUUUUGUUUUUGUUUUUUUGUAAAUAAUACUUUUUAAUUAUUUUCUAAUGAAGUUAAAAUGCGAUAUGCUUAUAGAUAUAAAGGAAGUAGCUAAGGGAAUGUACUCUAUUACUUCACUGUCCCAGUCAACAAAAGCAUGUUUAUUUUCUGUUGGAUUUUGUGUAAUUUCUAGCAACAUUUUUUCGUUUUGGAUUGCUGCUGGUGAAAGACUCUUUUGUAUAUUUUGAUAUUUAGAUCUAUAUUCAUAUUGCAUUUUUAUUUGUGUAACAAUAAUGGCCAAUAAGCAUAAUAAAAGGCAAAGUUGUGGUAGAAAAAGAAAAUUUCGUGGGAAUAAAUACACCAAGUCUGCAGUGCAAAGUCUACAAGUAGUACAAGUGAUGAUCAUGGACAAGUUGGUGAACAACAAGAGACACAUCAAGCUGCUUCACCUAAUGUAGAUAUUUCAUCUGAAUCAAGUUUAUCAGAUAAUCCACUGGAUUGUAAUAUCUUUUUAAACCUAGCAUGUUUUAAUAAUUUCUUGGCAAGUUACUUGAUAUGUCCCUAAAUGCUUCAACUAUUCUCUAAAUUUGUUUUUGAAUGAAAGCGCAAGAAUUGGAUUUUGUCAGGAACUAAUUGUGAAAUGCACUUCAGCUGACUGCUCAUUUGAAGAAAGCUUUAGAUCUUCUAAAGAAAAUAGAGAUGGUCAAAAAAGAGGAUUUAGGGAAAUAAAUCUCAGAAUGGUAUCAUUUGUAAGAUCCAUAGGUCCAGGUCACAGUGCGCUCUUGAAUUUUUGUCAACACACAAACAGUCCACCUCCUAUUUCUGAAACAUCUUAUCAAUCUGUAAUGCAUACCAUAGGCCUUGCAUCUAAGAAAGUUGCAGAAGAAAGUAUGGAAAAGGCUGCAAGGGAAGUGAAAGAAAAGGUUGGAAUCAGCAACGAAGAAGGCAUCACUGACUGCGGUGUGAGCGUUGAUGGGACAUGGCAGCGUUGAGGGCACUCGAGCCAUCAUGGCAUUGUUACAGCCAUAUCAAUAGAAACAGCCUCUCAGCACGUCACGACGGAGAAAACAAUCUCUGCAACGCUUCAGAGAGAUACAUUAUGGGUUCUCCUGAUGCGGAAAAAAAGCCUGGGACAGAGUAUAAUCCAUGGCUGUUCUAUCCCUGCAGUGUCAGUUACUUUACCAGCUUUUUGAAGAAAAAAUUGAGCUCCAGUCGAGGUUACACCUGUCUUGUCUACGCUGUCGAAGCAUCAGCCGACAUUCCAGAUGUAUCUGAUAAACUAUUGGGUCAGGUGAUCAAACCUGAUCAACAGUGUCAACAGGUUUUUGGAAAUGAUUCCUUCUUUUGCAGGGCUUCCGAAUCUAAACGCUCUAUCACUGAAAUCUGCCAAGCAAUGUUAUGUGCAGAUGUUUUAAGAGGGUUAUGUAUCCCGCAGAUAGCACUCACUGGAACGUCUUGUGGCGAUGGAAAGGUCUGCAUAAAUGGACAAUGUGUCAGCGACCCAUACGCUCCUCAACUUGAUGAAAACUGUGCAUUUGGAGACAGACCGAGCUAUUCUUGCAGUUUGUUUAUCAAUGACUUUAUGGGCAACUGUUACUCUACUCUUGGCUAUCGAGCAUGCUGUGACACGUGUAACAAUGUGUCUAGGCCCGUGAAAGAUUGUGAACAAGGAGAUCAAGACUUGAGACCAGAACUGUGCACUAACUUUAGCGUCUGCCUAAUACAGCCAACACAGUGCUGUCACUACUGCUCGUCAUAUUACACGUCUGCAACUACAAGUACCACGACAACGAGACCAUUGAUACCAUCCACUUCACCCAAAACUAAAUGUGAACCAGGAGAUCUAGACUUGAGGCCAGAACUGUGCACUAACACUAGUGUCUGCCAUACAAAGUCAUCACUGUGCUGUAACUUUUGCUCGUUACAUUACAAGUCUGCAAAUACAAGUACCACACAAUUUACGUCCCCCAACGAGUGUGUACUAGGAGAACCAGAUUUAAGUCCACAGCUGUGUACUAGCCGUAGUAUCUGCCAGACACAGCCAUUGAUGUGCUGUAAAUAUUGUUCUUCCCGAGACAAUUCUGCAAGCCAUCUCUCUUCAUGCACUAUUUGCAUAUAUCGUUUUUGUGUUGCGUUCUUUCUUUAUAUUAAAACAAAUGUCUAUUAGGUAGAUAAAGUACAAAUGUCUAUUAGGUAGCUAAAGUACAAGACUCUUAGGUAGAUAAAGUACUUACCCUUGUUCGGAAUUUUUUUUAUAGUUUUUGUCUAUUUCUUAUCUUUAUACCAUUUUAAGCAUUGUUUACACAAGGAAAUCAAUUAUAAUGAAGCAAUCUAUCAAUCAUAAUGAAGCAAUCGUUGGUGUACUGUGCAUGAAAUAAUAGACCUCUAAAACAUGUGGCCAGGGCCGGCCUUAGAUAAUGAGCCUCCUUGUCCUUAUCAUUAUGAGGAACAUUUUGUACAUCCUCUUAUAAUUCUGGAUCUAGAGAUAAAUUAUGUUGCUUGUUUUUAUUUCUUUUAUUAAACAGUUUCAAAU